AUGGCUGACACUCAACCCUCCCCCUCUCAGCAACCUUCGAACGGAUCACAAGAGCCGCCUGCUCCUUCAUCUACCGUACCACCAGAGACAGCUGACUCUGCCAUCAAACCUGAUCCUGAUCUUGACGCCUCUAUCGAACAAGAUAUCGACAUGAAUGCCGACCAGAAUGCAUCCGGCACUGCCGAUGAGAAUGCGCCUGGCCUCGACUCACUGGCUGCUGCACCGCCACCAACCAAGAAGGAGACUGGAUUGCGCGAAUUCUUGGGGAAGAUGGAUGAUUAUGCCCCUAUUAUUCCUGAUGCCGUAACGGCUCAUUACCUCACCCUUGCUGGUCUUCCACCCCCCGGCACGGGGCCGAACCAAACACCUCCACACCUCGCCCGCCUCCUUGCGCUGGCCACGCAGAAGUUCGUCUCUGACAUUGCCGCCGACUCAUAUCAGUUUGCACGUAUCCGUGCCUCGAAUAGCUCCUCUGCCAACAACCCGAUGGGCAGUUUGAACGCAGCUUCCGGUCUAGGCGCCCCUGCCGGCAUGGGUGCCGCGCCGGGCGGCGCAGCUGGCGGUGAUAACAAGGGUGGAAAGGGCAAUACCCACCUUGGAAUCCAACGUCCUGGUUUUGGAGGUGGUGGUUCUGGUGGCUCCGGACAGGGACGAACGGUCUUGACGAUGGAGGACCUCGGCAUGGCUGUUUCCGAAUAUGGCGUUACCGUCAAACGCGGAGAGUUUUACCGGUGA